UUGACUUCCGCAAUCCUGGUGGAAUAAAUCCAGCACCCCUAGUCAUCCGCCCACAUUAUCCACACUUCUCUGCUGAGACGAGCCCAGAGAACAGAUCCCCAUCAGCAGGAUGUGGGGGCUCAAGGUUCUACUACUGCUGCCUGUGGUGAGCCUUGCUCUGUACCCCGAAGAGAUGCUGAACACCCAGUGGGAGCUAUGGAAGAAGACCUACAGAAAGCAGUAUAACAGCAAGGUGGAUGAAAUCUCUCGGCGUUUAAUUUGGGAAAAAAACCUGAAGCAUAUUUCCAUCCAUAAUCUUGAGGCCUCUCUUGGUGUCCAUACAUAUGAACUGGCCAUGAACCACUUGGGGGAUAUGACCAGUGAAGAAGUGGUUCAGAAGAUGACUGGACUCAAAAUACCCCCCUCUCAUUCCCGCAGUAAUGACACCCUCUAUAUCCCAGACUGGGAAGGCAGCCCAGACUCUAUUGAUUAUCGGAAGAAGGGAUAUGUUACUCCUGUCAAAAACCAGGGUCAGUGUGGUUCCUGUUGGGCUUUUAGCUCUGUGGGUGCCCUGGAGGGCCAACUCAAGAAGAAAACUGGCAAACUCUUAAAUCUGAGUCCACAGAACCUGGUGGAUUGUGUGUCUGAGAAUGAUGGCUGCGGAGGGGGCUACAUGACCAAUGCCUUCCAGUAUGUGCAGAAGAACCGGGGCAUUGACUCUGAAGAUUCCUACCCGUAUGUGGGACAGGAUGAAAGUUGUAUGUACAACCCAACAGGCAAGGCAGCUAAGUGCAGAGGGUACAGAGAGAUCCCUGAGGGAAAUGAAAAAGCCCUGAAGAGGGCAGUGGCCCGAGUGGGACCCGUCUCUGUGGCCAUUGAUGCAAGCCUGACCUCCUUCCAGUUUUACAGAAAAGGUGUGUAUUACGAUGAAAACUGCAAUAGCGAUAAUCUGAACCAUGCCGUUUUGGCAGUGGGAUACGGGAUCCAGAAGGGAAACAAGCACUGGAUAAUUAAAAACAGCUGGGGAGAAAACUGGGGAAACAAAGGCUAUAUCCUCAUGGCCCGGAAUAAGAACAACGCUUGUGGCAUUGCCAACCUGGCCAGCUUCCCCAAGAUGUGACUUCAGCCAGCCAACCCCAUCCUGCUCUUCCAUUCCUUCCACAAUGGUGCAACAUACUGAUAUACCUUGGAAGGGAAUUGGUGUGCCUUUCUUGAAGAAGAUGUAAUGAUACAGAGAUUGUCUGUUCAGUUUCCAUGUUUGUUUGUGCUUCAAGUGACACUCCUACUACUUUUCUUCUCUCCACCCAAGGUCUUUAUUUUUUCAUUAGAAAUAGGAAAUUUCCCUAACAGGUAUGCAUUCUUAGGCUAAGAGAUGUGACCACAGCCUGCCCAGACUGUGUUGUCCUGGGGCCAAUGCUGUGUAAAUAGAGGCUAGAGAUCUUCAGCUAGGCUACAUUGUCAUUCACAGGGACUAGUUAGCUUUAACCACUCUAGAGGACUAAGGUGACCUGACUUCUCAGUCUCCACAUUUACUUCUAUAUCUUCAAGGUAGAAAUUCCACCCCAUUAAUAAAUCUAUUCAUAAAUCUUUGGUACAAGGUUACAUGAUACAACAAAUGUGUUUUGUUUUUCCUUCUUUGCAUUUAUAAAGUAAACUGUAUUUAUCGCUUAUCUCUAAUUUAAUAAAUAGCUAUUUAGUAAACAUUCAUUUUGUGUCAGAUACCAUGCUAGGUGCUGGAGACAAAAAGAUGAACAAAACAUAUUCCUUAUAUGUGAUGUGCUCACAGUUUGUCUGGAGAUUCUGUUGCAUAAACAAUUUGUCCUAAUUCA